CUUCCCCAUAACUGAAAUUAAAAUACCACUCAUAAUGACAAAAAUACCCUUCUCGUUUUUCCAUAUCAUUCCCCCAAACUACUUCUACUCCCUCCUUCUCCACUCUCACCUCCUUCUCUACCAAACUUUACUCCUUCACGCUUAUUUUUCGCGUUAAUUUAAAAAAAAAAAACAUGGCUAAGUCGUCGUCGACGACAGCCUCGACGACGUCGUUCUCAACCCUCAAACCGGACGACUACUCCCACAGUCCGGUUCACUUCGCCGUGUCGUUGCGUGACCACAAUACCUUGUCCCGAAUUGUCUCAACUCUACCUCGACUCGCUGAGCCCACUCAGAUCCACACCGAGUCCGACUCCCUCGCCCAAGAACGCUUGGCUGACAAGGUAUCUGCCGUCAUCGAUCGCCGGGACGUUCCUCAUAGGGAAACUCCUCUUCACCUUGCUGUACGGAUAAACGACACCGUCGCCGCUCGAAUCCUUGCCAACGCCGGCGCUGAUGUCUCGCUCCAGAACGCUGCUGGCUGGAACCCCUUGCAGGAGGCCAUGUGUCGUAGGAGCAACGACAUAGCUCUGAUUCUUCUCCGUCUACAUCACCGCUCCGCAUGGGCCAAGUGGCGCCGUCGUCUACCACGUGUCAUCGCGGUCCUUCACAGAAUGCGGGACUUCUACAUGGAGAUCUCGUUCCACUUCGAGAGCUCCGUGAUUCCCUUCGUCGGGAAAAUCGCUCCCUCCGAUACUUAUAAGAUCUGGAAGCGCGACGGGAAUUUGAGAGCCGAUACCUCAUUGGCUGGAUUCGACGGCCUGAAAAUCCAACGAGCUGAUCAAAGUUUCCUCUUUCUCGGAGACGGCGACCAUAGCCGCGAUAUUUCUCCUGGCUCCCUGCUCGUCCUCAACCGCGACAAUAGGAAAAUUUUUGACGCCUUUGAAAACGCUGGUUCGCCGAUGAGCGAGUCUGACAUUGCCGGGUUCUGCUCCCAGACGAGCGUCUACAGGCCCGGCAUGGACGUCACCAAGGCUGAGCUCGUCGGGAGAACCAAUUGGAGAAGACAAGAGAAGACGGAAAAUGUUGGUGAAUGGAAAGCUAGGGUUUACGAAGUUCAAAAUGUGCUGUUCAGUUUUCGGUCAAGAAAAGUCGCCAAUGGAGAUGCAGACGUGGCUGGGAGCGAACAGGUACUGCCUCUGGAGCUCGACGAAGACGACGACGGUUUUCUAGUGGCUGAAAACCCCAAUUUCCUCAUCCCUGAUCGACGGAGGCAUAGUAGUUUUGUCAAGGAAGAUAGGCCAAGGCCAAGUAGCUUCGUUAGGGAAGAUAGGGAUUUAAUGGCAUUGGGAAGGAAGAGCGUGGACGUGCCUUCUGUAAUUGUGCCGCCACAGAGGAGGACUAUGGCUGCGGCGCCUGUGGCGUUGCCGCCGCAGACUAAGGAGAAGGAGUACGUGAGGAGCCUUCGGCCAUCGGUGUGGUUGACAGAGCAGUUUCCCCUGAAAACUGAGGAGCUUUUGCCAUUGCUAGACAUCUUGGCGAACAAAGUUAAGGCCGUGAGGAGAAUGAGGGAGUUGCUCACCACCAAGUUCCCGCCGGGAACAUUUCCAGUCAAGGUGGCAAUACCGGUGGUCCCUACAGUGAGAGUUGUAAUAACAUUUACGAAGUUUGUUGAGCUUCAACCAAUGGAGCAAUUCUUCACUCCACUUUCAAGCCCAAGACACUUCGUCUAUGGUGGACGAAGCCAAUCGGAGGAGGAACACAAGUCACAGGGUCACAAUUCGUCGAUACCCUCGUCGUCGGCCUCUUCGUGGCUGAGGCGGAACAGCAGCCAGUCGAGUUCAGCCAGCAAGCUGCAACGGUCUGCUACAAUGGCACAAGAUAUCGACCCUUUCGCAAUUCCUAGUGGAUAUACAUGGACAAGUGUCGAUGAUAAAUCUAGGAAAAUGAAGAAAUCUAAGUCAGUCCGGAAGUCUAAGUAGUCUGUGAAGAUCAAUUAAAGACAGUUGAGAGAGAGAAGGGAAAAAACUAAGGUGGAAAAUCAAUUAAGGAUAUUAGAAGUUUGAUUAGAUUGGUCGGUAGAAAUAGUAGGUGUGCUUGUGAAGUUGAAUAUACAUUUGUAGAUAUACCAUCCGAGGUUCAGAAGUUGUGUCCCUUGGAACAUAUGGUCUAAAGAGAUUUGGGCAACAACAUCUGGAUUCGGUGUAUUAAAUUCCUGUAAUUCUGUGGCUAACAAUUUUGUUUUAUUUAUCCAAAGCUAUAUUUGGAAUGAAAUGAUCUUAUGUGGCUCUAACUAAGCCAUUAUUUC